AUGAAAAUUUUCAUUCUAUUGUGCUUGCUAUCAGCAAGUGUCAUUCUUGCGAAACCACUUGAUAGUUCAACAUCAGAUUUGGAUACCUUCAAAAACGAAAAGUCCAUUAUCAUUAUUAGACCAAGAGAAUCAGAAGAAGAGUCUACAGAAGACUCCGAGGAAGAUCGCCCUCGGCCACCAGGAGGUCCCGACGGAGAACGUCCUCCACCCGGUGAGGGUCCCGAUGGAGAACGUCCUCCACCCGGCGGAGGUCCCGAUGGAGAACGUCCUCCACCCGGCGGAGGCCCCGAUGGAGAACGUCCUCCACCCGGCGGAGGUCCCGAUGGAGAACGUCCUCCACCCGGCGGAGGUCCCGAUGGAGAACGUCCUCCACCCGGCGGAGGUCCCGAUGGAGAACGUCCUCCACCCGGCGGAGGUCCCGAUGGAGAACGUCCUCCACCCGGCGGAGGUCCCGAUGGAGGACGCCCUCCGUCCGGAGGCGGUCCCGAUGGAGAACGUCCUCCACCCGGUGGAGGUGACGGACAGCGACCACCACAAGGAGGAGACGGACAGCGUCCUCCCCAAGGAGGAGACGGUCAACGUCCCCCACAAGGUGACGAUCCAUGUGAAGAUACUCAAGGUGGAUCAGCCUCCAAAGUUGUGAAUGUGAAUGUCAAUAUUCAACUGUAA